AACGUUAUAAAGAGAAUCGUGUGCCAAAAACUCAAAAUCCUGUGCCAAAAACUCAAAAUCCCGUAACAAAACAUCCCUUUUUGUCCUGUACAUCAGCAAACUCAAAAACAGAAGGAUAUGUGGAGGGAGUAAUGAGAAAUUUAAAGCAAGAAGAUUUUCCUGGACAAAAAUAUCUUCGGGCAGAUGUUUUUGUUUCAGAAAAUUAUGAGCGGAUAAGAAGAAUAAUUAUUGAUUAUUCUGACAGGUUGGAUAGUUGCAAGUGGGCAAAACCGAAAAGAUUGUACAAAAGGAAGAAAAAAGAUGCUGAUGACCCACUUCCAGUUUCAACUGAAGAAUACAGCGAAGAUUUACAGAAACAUGAUUAUCAUAAUGCUGAAGAAACAUGGGGAAAGAGAGACCCUGAAACUCCCAAAACAAAUCCAAGGUUGGGACAGUAUCAGCAGUCUCCCAAAAUACCGCUAAGUCAAGAUCCUGAUUUAAAAAAGAAAUCUAGUAAGAAAAAGCGACGUAGAGGAUAUCAGGACAAGGUAACGGUUACGGACACAGAUUGUGUAAAGAGCAAUAAAAAAGUGCGAAAAUAGCAAGUGGUAAGAAAAAGAAAUGUUUGAUGACAAAUGCUAACAAAUGUCAAAAGAAUAAUAAGAAUCCUAAUAAGAAUGGUAAACAAAGAUUGAGUAAUGCAGAACACCAGGCGAACAGGAAGUGAUUAACUGAGUGGCUCUGCAAUCAAGACUCGAAUGAUUUAGCAGAUAAAACAAACAAACUACGCCAAGAACGUGCUACUAAGCGUAAAAGGGUAAAUUCUUCUGAAACGGACUCAAAAGAUAAGAAGUUUAUGAAGUUUGAAAACAACCUGCAUACAUCAGAAAGCAACGACUUUGUAGGAUUGCAAAAUAGAAAGAACGAUUGUUGGUUAAAUAGCCUAGUGCAGUGUAUGAAUAAUCUACCAAUAAAAAAUUGUCUUUUGGAUAAUGUAAAAGAAUCUAGUGAGUCGCCUCUAACUACCACAUUAACGAGUGUCCUUAGUAAGAUAGACAGUCUUAGUAAUCAUGGUUCGUUCUACCCCAAAGAGCUUCACAAUGCUUUCCAAUGUGAACUACAAUAUGCUCCCGGAGAACAAUGUGAUAUUCAUGAAAGUUUUACCUCCUUGUGUUGUUCACGAAGUGGUAUGAACGAAGAAAUUGGUAGUCACUUUCAGGUAGGAAUACAGUUUCGAAAGACCUGUUUGGAAUGUUCAGGACAUGAAGAUGGCCCCCCUGAGACGUUCACAUCACUUCCUUUAUCUGUGCUAGAUGACAUACCACAGGUAGAGGAUAGUAUAGAAAAUAUUUUAUAUGAAAAUAUUGCUAUCUUUUGUCAUGUUUGCCAAGUUGCGAAAAUGCACACAAGAAGAGGAAAAUUUAUUUUUCUUCCAGAUACAUUAGCAUUACUUUUUAAACGAUUUUCGUUUGUUGACGCAGUUGAACACAAGAAGCAUUCAAAAGUCUACUUACAAAGGGAAAUUGUUGUUAUAGGAAGUACACCUUCCUCUUAUCUAUUAAAGGCAUGUGCACUCCAUCAUGGAGAACAUACUGUACUGAUAUUUGACGAUGAUAAAUUUAUCGAAGUAGACGAUCAACAAGCUCACAAUAGAACAGAAAAUUGGAAAUCACACGCGGACACUACUGUAUACCGCUUUACCUUAGAACAAAUUACCUUAGAACGAAUUCUUCAGUUCUGG